AUGGGCUCCAUUGGUGCAGUAAGCACAGAAUUUUCUUGUGAUGUAUUCAAGGAGCUGCGAAUCCAUCAUGUCCAGGAGAACAUCUUCUACUCCCCUGUGACCAUCAUUUCAGCUCUGUCCAUGAUCUACCUAGGUGCAAGAGAUAGCACCAAGGCUCAGAUAGAAAAGGCGGUUCACUUUGACAAAAUCCCAGGAUUCGGGGAGAGUAUUGAAUCUCAGUGCGGCACAUCUCUAAGCAUCCACACUUCGAUUAAAGACAUGUUCACUAAAAUCACCAAAGCAAGUGACAAUUAUUCGAUUGGCAUUGCCAGCAGACUUUAUGCAGAAGAGAAGUACCCAAUCCUGCCGGAAUACUUACAGUGUGUGAAGGAACUGUAUAAGGGAGGCUUGGAAUCGAUCAGCUUUCAAACAGCUGCAGAACAAGCCAGAGAGAUCAUCAAUUCCUGGGUUGAAAGUCAGACAAAUGGAAUGAUCAAAAAUAUCCUUCAACCAAGCUCUGUGGAUCCACAGACUGACAUAGUCCUUGUCAAUGCCAUUUACUUCAAAGGAUUGUGGGAGAAAGCAUUUAGGGAUGAAGACACCCAGACAGUGCCUUUCAAAAUUACUGAGCAAGAAAGCAAACCUGUGCAGAUGAUGUAUCAGAUUGGUUCAUUUAAAGUGGCAGAGAUCACUUCUGAGAAAAUUAAGAUCCUGGAGGUUCCAUAUGCCAGUGGGCAGCUGAGCCUGUGGGUGCUGUUGCCUGAUGACAUCUCUGGCUUGGAGAAGCUUGAGACUGCAAUCACCUUUGAAAAUCUCAAGGAGUGGACCAGCUCUACUAAGAUGGAAGAGAGGAAAAUAAAAGUUUAUCUCCCCCGCAUGAAGAUUGAGGAAAAAUAUAACCUCACAUCUGUCUUAACAGCCUUGGGUAUCACUGACCUGUUCAGCUCAUCAGCCAAUCUAUCUGGCAUCUCUUCAGCAGAGAGCCUGAAGGUGUCUGAGGCCUUCCACGAGGCAAUUGUGGAAAUUUCUGAAGCAGGCAGUAAGGUGGUAGGCUCAGUGGGAGCUGGAGUGGAUGACACAAGUGUCUCUGAAGAGUUUAGGGCUGACCACCCUUUCCUCUUCUUGAUCAAGCACAACCCAACCAGCAGCAUCUUCUUCUUCGGCAGAUGCUUUUCACCUUAA